AUAGGGAGACAUUAAAACGAAGAGAGUGAUUUGGGGGCAAGACAGUAUGGGUCUUGUUUGGUUUAUUGUGUCACUCUGAUUAGACUUAGACUUAGACUUAGACUUAGACACACACUCACUCAUAACAACAACAACAUCUGAGAAGAAAGAACAAUAAACAACACAAUCAUCAUUCAUCAGUAGUUAUGGAGAUGCAACAACUUCUUAGCAUGGGUUUCCCCGACGAGUUAGCCGCCCAAGCCUUAGCUGCUACCGGUGGCAAAUCCACCGUAAAAGCCACCGAAUGGAUUCUCACUCACAAACCCAAUUCCACCACCGUUGUUAACCCUUCACCUUCAUCACUUGCUUUCCAACCCAAACUCGACCGUUUCUUCAAUGUCUCACAACAAGAACAAACAGAAGAACCAAACAAACGCAUCAAGUUAUCAUCUUCACCAACCCCACAACCUCAAACACAACAACAAAACAAACCCUCUUUUUUCUUCAACCGUUCUAAAAAACAACAAUCUCAAACCCACACUCAUGAACCCUUAUACGAACGUCUCCGUCCAACAACAUUGGACGAUGUUGUCGGACAAGAUCAUCUUCUAUCAACAAAUUCCAUUCUUCGUUCUGCAAUCCAACGUAACCGUCUUCCUUCUAUCCUCUUGUGGGGUCCACCUGGUACAGGUAAAACCACCAUUGCUAAAGCUAUUAUCAAUUCAUCAAAUUCAACUUCAACUUUCUAUCGUUUUGUUUCUUUAUCUGCUGUUACUAGUGGUGUUAAAGAUGUUAGAGAUGCUGUUGAUGAAGCCAGAAAACUUAGACUCAAAACAAAUCAAACUACUGUUCUUUUUGUUGAUGAAGUUCAUAGGUUUAAUAAAUCUCAACAAGACUCUUUUUUACCUGUUAUUGAAGAUGGUAGCAUUGUCUUUCUUGGUGCUACUACUGAAAACCCUUCUUUUCAUUUGAUUACGCCACUUUUGUCUCGUUGUCGUGUUCUUACACUUAACCCUCUUCAAUCCCAUCAUCUUGUUUUGCUUCUUAACCGUGCUGUCACUGAUAUAGACAAAGGGUUGGUGCAAAGCCUCGGUUUUGGUUCCGGUUCUGGUUCUUCCCAGGUUGAUGUUAGUGUUGGUGACGAUGUUGUUGAUUUUAUAGCUAACAAUUGCGAUGGAGAUGCUCGUGUUGCUUUGAAUGUAUUGGAGAUUGCUGCUGUUAAUGCGGCUGCUCGGGUUCAACAUGAUAAUGAAGAAUGCAAGGAUGAUGUUGGUGUUAAUGUUAGUGUUAGGGUUGAGGAUGCUAAGGAGGCACUUCAAUGCAAGCAUCUUGCUUAUGAUAAAGCUGGGGAGGAACAUUAUAAUUUAAUCAGUGCAUUGCACAAGUCUAUGAGGGGAAGUGAUGCUGAUGCAGCGAUUUAUUGGCUGGCAAGAAUGUUAAAGGGAGGUGAAGAGCCACUUUAUAUUGCACGUAGGCUUGUAAGAUUUGCAAGUGAGGAUGUUGGUUUGGCUGAUCCUUUAGCUCUUAAUCAAGCUGUUUCUUGCUACCAAGCUUGUCACUUUAUAGGAAUGCCUGAGUGCAAUGUCAUUCUUGCACAAUGCGUUGCUUACUUGGCUUUGGCUCCUAAAUCUAUAGCAGUUUAUCGAGCAAUUGGAGCUGCUGAGAAGUUAGUGAGGGAAUCUGUUGGACAGAAUGAAGGUGUGCCUCUUCAUCUUAGGAACGCACCAACCAAAUUAAUGAAGGAAAUUGGGUAUGGGAAGGGAUAUAUAUACACUCCUGAUAACCCUUCCUCAACACAGAGCUACUUGCCACCCUCCCUUCAAGGGUUCAAAUUCCUCCAUUGGCCUGACAGGAAUCCCUCUGAAUCUGAUGGAUGAAAAUGUUCAAUUCCAGAUGGGAGUUUUUAUCUGUCAUUUUGUUCCAUCUUUUUUUCCUUUUUCAUACAUAUUUCUCCACUACUAUCACCUUUUUGGCAUUGCAAAGAAGUGUGUAGUAUAGGUAUAGGCAGUGGUGGGAGAAUGUCUAAUGCAAGUGUAAUGCUGAUGUAUGAUGUAGGUUUUGACUCAAUUAAAGGCUCAUUUUGAACUUA